AUGGCUGUGAAUAGCACUCCGGUCAAUUGUGAAAUAACCGACUGCGUUUCUGAUUAUAUCAGCACUAAUCUCCAGACAAUCCUCCUUCGCGAAGUCCCGGCGUACAAGAAAGAAAUCCUUACUGACUUCAGCUUCAUCCUCUAUCUCGAUAUGGCUGCAAAGCUCGGUCAGACUGCCGAGAGCAUCUGCAGUCCAAAGUGGACUGUCGCGCGAGACUCGACAGUCUACCAGACCGCUCCGGCUGCAACCACAACUGGCUCAAAGAUAAAUGAUGAUCGUGCUCCAUCCACCCAUGGCUUGGCCCACUCUGUUCGACAGAGAUCUCACAAUGGAAGAAGUGCCUCUCUCAAGCUCACCGUCCUCAACCCCACCAGUCGUGUCUGGGCAAUGGUCGCAGGUGGAGGUGUAUCCAUCGUCUACAGCGACGCCAUCACAGCAGCAGGUUUCACACAUGAACUUGCCAAUGACGGUGAAUGCUCUGGUGCCCCAAGCGAGGGCCAGACAUUCGAAUACGCCAAGACUAUCCCUGUAACUUUCAAAGGCACCAUUCACACACUUACAUCCUGCAAAUCUCAACUCAUUGCACACAAUGCCAAUAUCUACGUCCGUCGCGGUGGUCCCAACUGGCAAGAAGGUCUCAAUGCCAUGCAUCUACUCGGUGAAUCCCUCGGCAUCCCUAUCCGUGUCUCCGGCCCUGGUACCCACAUCACCGAAACUUCAUCCUGCCCGCAAUUUUUGAGGAGCUGCCUGCUGCUUUGA